AGAGGAGCUGCGAGAGGAUUGUGGGAUUGAAAUGACUGUAAACAUACGCGUUGUUUUUACGAAAAGAAAGAUUGUUUUCCAGCACGAUCUGAGUCUGUAUUGUCUAAAUUAAGUCGAUCGUUAAUCCACAAAUCAUGGCGUUCAUGUGAUAGUUUCUGUGUUGUAGACUCAACGAAAGACGGGACAGUUUUACUGUUUAACAGGAACAUCUGGUGGGUUAGCUAGCACAAGCUACUGAACACUGAGAUUAUGGAUGAUGAAGAUCUGUCCAUGCACAGGCUGGAAGGAAGCGACCCAGCUGCUCAUGUCGGUGGUCUCAUAGUGAAGAAGAAGAGUGCGGCUUCAGAACCACACGUGUUUCGAGCACCUACACCUCGCACAUCUUUGCUGGGCUUGGAUCUGUUGGCUGCUCAAAAAAGGAAGGAGCGCGAGACUAAGGAACUGGAAAACUCUAAUGGUGAUGACAGAAAUAGAAAGAAGUCAAAGGUUUCCUCUUUUAAAGACUGGGAGGAAAGCAAAAGUGACUCGGGGUCUGACGAAGAAGACAAUGAUAAAGAAAAGGGUGCAAAGAAAGAGAGAAAGUACCGUGUGACUGGUUCUGAGACACCUUCCAACCCGGGAGGGGUCAGUGAAGAGUUCAGACGCAGAAACCAGCAGAGGGAGAAAGACAGGCGUGAACAUGGAGUGUACGCCUCCUCCAAGGAGGACAAGAACAAAGACAGAAGCAGAGAUAAGGGCAAAGAGCGCCGGGGGGAAAGAGAAGAGCGAGAGAGCAGCCAUCCUCGCGGCAGUAGCAGCGCUAGGUCAGAGCGCUUGGACCGCUCUGAGAGGAGUGAGCGCUCACAGAGAGACGGCUGGUCAGAUCGCCUCAGCCGGGGGAGUAAGAGAGAUGAACCCGCUUCACCUAAGGAUCAUCCAAGAGAUUCUUUCACACCUUCCCACUCUAACUGGGAUGAGGAUGACAGUGGCUAUGCAAGUACAAGGCAUUCCCAGUGGGAGUCGCCAUCCCCCUCUCUGUCUCACAGAGAGGGGGAUCGCUCAGAAAGAAGUCAUCGCUCUGGCCGAGAAAGUGAAAGAAGGGACAAAUCCGUCAGAGGCCGUUAUACUGACAACACACCCCUGCCUACCCCAUCCUAUAAGUACAACGAGUGGGCCAAUGACAGAAAGCACUUGGGCUCCACCCCUCGUUUAUCUCAAGGAAAAGGUAAAAGAGAUGGUGAGGGAGGGAUUAUGUUUGACGAUGCAGGUGAGAAAGAACAGUGGGAGGAGGACCAAAAGCAAGCUGAUAGAGAUUGGUACAUGAUGGAUGAAGGCUAUGAUGAGUUCCACAAUCCUUUCACUUCCACCUCUGAAGAAUAUGUAAAGAAGAGAGAGCAGAUCCUUCAGAAACAGACUCAGAAAAGAAUAUCCGCGCAGAAAAGGCAGAUUAACGAGGAUAAUGAUCGAUGGGAGACCAACCGUAUGUUGACCAGUGGUGUGGUUCAAAGAUUAGAGGUAGAUGAGGACUUUGAGGAAGACAAUGCGACUAAGGUGCACCUGCUUGUCCACAACCUGGUCCCUCCCUUUCUGGAUGGAAGAAUAGUCUUCACUAAGCAGCCCGAGCCUGUCAUUCCAGUAAAGGAUGCCACCUCUGACAUGGCCAUCAUCUCUCGAAAGGGCAGCCAGCUUGUCCGUAAACAUCGUGAGCAGAAAGAGCGCAAGAAGGCACAACACAAACACUGGGAACUGGCAGGGACCAAAUUGGGUGACAUUAUGGGUAUCAAGAAGACAGAAGAAGUAGACCCAAGGGACAAAGCGGUGGGCGAGGAUGGCAAAGUAGACUACAGGGCAGAUCAAAAAUUUGCAGACCACAUGAAGGAGAAGAAUGAGGCCAGCAGUGAAUUUUCUAAGAAAAAGAGUCUUCUGGAGCAGAGACAGUACCUGCCCAUAUUUGCAGUCAGGCAGCAGCUUCUUAACAUCAUAAGGGACAACAGUAUCGUUAUUGUCGUCGGGGAGACGGGCAGUGGGAAGACCACCCAGCUGACGCAGUAUCUGCAUGAAGAUGGUUACACCCGCUACGGCAUGGUGGGUUGUACUCAGCCCCGGAGAGUGGCAGCCAUGAGCGUGGCUAAAAGAGUCAGCGAGGAGAUCGGCACCAACCUUGGAGAGGAGGUUGGAUAUGCAAUCCGUUUUGAAGACUGCACAUCUGAGAAAACUCUGAUAAAGUACAUGACAGAUGGAAUUCUGCUCAGGGAGUCUCUGCGGGAGUCGGACCUGGACCACUACAGCGCUGUCAUCAUGGACGAGGCCCACGAACGCUCCCUGAAUACUGAUGUGCUGUUUGGACUUCUACGUGAGGUUGUAUCUCGACGCACUGACUUGAAGCUCAUAGUUACCUCUGCUACGAUGGACUCGGACAAAUUUGCAGCAUUUUUUGGCAACGUGCCCAUCUUCCAUAUUCCAGGAAGAACCUUUCCAGUUGACGUCUUGUUUAGUAAGACCCCUCAGGAAGAUUAUGUGGAGGCUGCAGUGAAGCAGGCGCUUCAGAUCCACCUCAGUGGGAUGGCGGGAGACAUCCUCAUCUUUAUGCCUGGACAGGAGGAUAUUGAGGUGACAUCUGAUCAGAUUGUGGAGCGUUUGGAAGAAUUAGAGAAUGCUCCUGCUCUGGCUGUGCUUCCUAUUUACUCACAACUGCCAUCUGACCUCCAGGCUAAGAUCUUCCAGAAGGCUCCAGAUGGCGUGAGGAAAUGCAUCGUUGCUACAAACAUCGCUGAGACAUCCCUUACAGUUGAUGGAAUCAUGUUUGUUGUAGAUGCCGGAUACUGCAAACUUAAGGUUUUCAAUCCUCGCAUUGGUAUGGAUGCUCUCCAGGUUUAUCCCAUUAGCCAGGCUAAUGCCAACCAGCGUUCUGGCCGAGCAGGACGUACAGGACCAGGGCAGUGUUACAGGCUCUACACUCAGAGCGCCUAUAAGAAUGAGAUGCUGACCACCACUAUACCAGAGAUCCAGAGGACCAACCUCGCUAAUGUGGUUCUGCUGUUGAAGUCUCUGGGUGUUCAGGACUUGCUCCUUUUCCAUUUCAUGGAUCCGCCACCUGAGGACAACAUGCUCAAUUCCAUGUACCAGCUCUGGAUUUUGGGAGCUCUGGAUAACACAGGGGCUCUGACAUCAACAGGGCGACUGAUGGUGGAAUUCCCCCUGGAUCCUGCCCUCUCCAAGAUGCUCAUAGUGUCCUGUGACAUGGGCUGCAGUGCAGACAUCCUCAUCAUUGUCUCCAUGCUGUCUGUACCAGCCAUCUUCUACAGACCUAAGGGUCGAGAGGAAGAGAGCGACCAGGUGAGGGAGAAGUUCUCCGUCCCAGAGAGUGACCAUCUCACCUACCUUAAUGUCUACAUGCAGUGGAAGAACAACAACUAUUCCAGCAUCUGGUGCAAUGACCACUUCAUUCACACCAAGGCCAUGCGCAAGGUGCGUGAAGUACGCUCUCAGUUGAAGGACAUCAUGGUGCAGCAGAAGAUUAACCUGGUGUCCUGCGGUUCAGACUGGGACAUCAUUAGAAAGUGCAUCUGCGCAGCUUACUUCCACCAGGCGGCCAAGCUCAAGGGCAUUGGGGAGUAUGUGAACGUGAGAACGGGCAUGCCAUGCCACCUCCAUCCUACCAGCUCCCUGUUUGGUAUGGGCUAUACCCCUGACUACAUCAUCUACCACGAGCUUGUCAUGACCACAAAGGAGUACAUGCAGUGUGUGACUGCAGUGGACGGAGAGUGGUUGGCAGAACUUGGGCCCAUGUUUUACAGCAUCAAACACGCAGGCAAGACCAGACAGGAGAACCGUCGACGGGCCAAGGAGGAGCUCACCAACAUGGAAGAGGAGAUGGCCUUGGCCGAGGAGCAGCUCCGUGCACGUCGAGAAGAGCAGGAGAAGAAAAGCAACACCAACUGUGUGAGGGCAGUAAAAAUCUGUACCCCAGGAAGAAAAGAGGAGGCUCCCAUGACACCCAGACGCACCCCGGCCCGCUUUGGACUGUAAAACUCUUAUUAGAUCCACUUCGUAAAGCUCACUGUCAUCCGGAGUAGGACAACAUCAACACAAGAGAGAACCAGCCAACUUCCAGCUGCCACUUGUCCCUGAACACAUGGCAAUCACCUGCAGUUCAUGUGUUGUCCACUAGAGUGAGAACUUGUAUAAGGUACCAGCUGAAGACGGAAACAGCGGUGAUAGAACAGACUUCCUCCACCUCCAUCAGCCACUUGCUAGUUCCAUGAUACAUUUAGAAAAAUACAGGAUUUGCUUUAUAUAUAUAUAUAUAUAUAUAUAUAUAUAUAUGAAAUCAGUAUUUACUGUGCUCAUUCCUGAAAUAUUUUGCAGAUGCCUGUACAAUGAUUUUACUUAAACUAGUGGAUAAAACUUAAUUUUCUACAUGCCUGACUGUGUUGUCAAAGGGCAACUGAAAAAUAAUGAUGUAAUUUCAUCGUUACUUGUCUUUGUGUCCUUGCGUUUAUUAGUUCUUGUGGCGUAGUGGUUUGAACAGCGUGCAGCGCCUUGAAGUACUCCUCUACAGACUGAAGCACUAUUGAAACUGUACUUGUGACAUAAGUGUGUACUGAGUCCCCCGUUGGAUUGUAAUGCACACAACACACUCAUGCAGGCUUAAGCAAUUGACCUUUUUCUACUUGACGUGGACCUUUGUUCUAGCAAGUUAAUGCUCCACAGCAUUGCUGGUUAGAAUCACCACGCUGGAUUAAACAUUUAAACUGU